AUGGCAACUCAGCAGGAGCUAUCCAAGUCUGAAGCCCCUGCCACAGCCACCUUUGACGUGGCCCCGCUCCGUGGACACUCCCCUGUGGAGGGGCUCUGCCUCCUGGCAAUUACUCAUAAAGAAACUGAGUCUCAGCGAGACAAAGUAAUUCACCCAAGCAUUAUUAGCAUCAUCAUUAUUCUGGCUGGAGCAAUUGCAUUUAUCAUCGGUUUUGGUAUUUCAGGAAGACACUCCAUCGCAGUCACUACUCUCACCUCAGCUGGGAACAUCGGGGAAGAUGGCAUCCUGAGUUGUACUUUUGAACCUGACAUCAGACUUGCUGAUAUCGUGAUACAGUGGCUGAAGGAAGGUGUCAUGGGGUUGGUCCACGAGUUCAAAGAAGGCAAAGAUGUCCUGUCAAACCAGGAUGAAAUGUUCAGAGGCAGGACAGCAGUGUUUUCUGAUCAAGUAAUAGUUGGUAAUGCCUCUCUGAGGCUGAAAAAUGUACAACUCAUGGAUGCUGGCACCUAUAAAUGUAACAUCAUCACUUCUAAGGGCAAGGGGAAUGCUAACCUUGAAUAUAAAACUGGAGCCUUCAGCAUCCCAGAGGUGAAUGUGGACUAUAACGCCAGCUCCGAGAGCUUACGCUGUGAGGCUCCCAGAUGGUUUCCCCAGCCCACAGUGGUCUGGGCAUCCCAAGUUGACCAGGGAGCCAACUUCUCAGAAGUCUCCAACACUAGCUUUGAGCUGAACUCUGAGAAUGUGACCAUGAAGGUAGUGUCUGUACUCUACAACGUCACAAUCAACAACACUUACUCCUGUAUGAUUGAAAACAACAUCGCCAAAGCCACAGGGGAUAUCAAAGUGACAGACUCGGAGAUUAAAAGGCGAAGUCACCUACAGCUGCUGAACUCAAAGGCUUCCCUGCGUGUCUCUGCUUCUUCUGCCAUCGACUGGGUACUCUUGCCGCUCUGCUUUUAUCUGAUGCUAAAAUAACAUACCUUGGUUACACAGAAACAUGCAAAGUCAUUGUAUGACAGAAUCCCAGGAAUCUGUAGAACUAUUUCACCACAAGAUAUGACCUAGUUUUAUAUUUCUGGGGGGGAAAUGAAUUCACAUCUAGAACCCAGGAGUGAACAAAU